CCUCCUACUAUUGGUGCUCUAUAUGCAGACAUGAGAACAGCUGUGCCCAUCAAGGAAAGGCAGAUGUCAUCAGGCAUAUGAAAAGCAAAGGGCAUCGUGCCAAAGAACAGGCAAUACAGUCAACAACCACGAUUGCACCUUAUUAUGCCCCAGUCUCUGUUGGUGGCAUGACAGCACAAGAGGCCAAGACAAGGAGAGCUGAGGUAAAGGUGGCAGUGUCAAUGGUCGAACACAAUGUGCCGUUUGCAGUAGCAGAUCACUUCAGCCCAUUGCUAAAAGAAUGCUUCAAAGAUUCCCCUACUGCACAGAACUGUGCGCCCGCACAAAAACAUUGUGCAUAAUAAAUGAAGCAGUGGCCCCACAUUUUAGAAAGGAACUGGUCAUGAAGAUGAGGACCAAUCCUUUCACAUUAAUCACAGAUGGAUCAAAUGAUACAGGAAGAGAGAAGAUGAACCCACUCACUGCGGGUAUAUGACAGUUCCACCAGUAAAGUUGUCCACAGGUUUCUGGAUAUGUGCCCCACCAGCGGGCCAAGCUGCGGCACAGCUGAAGUGAUAUACCAGAAGAUGGACGAGGCCUUGCAAAAAAACGCCAUACCAUGGAGAAACUGUGUGAGUCUGUCUGUUGAUAAUGCACCUGUCAAUACAGGAGCAAGAAAUUCCAUCGCAUCCAGAAUUCUUAAAGAACAUGGCAGCAUCUACAUCCAUGGGUGCCCCUGUCACGUCAUCCACAACACUGCCAAACAGGCUGGCCUGGGCGUUUUGGAGGUGUGUGGAUUUGAUCCAGAGGAUCUGACUGUGGAUGUGGGAUACUGGUUUAAAGGAAGCACCAAUCGUAAAGGUUACCUGACAGAAUUCUGUAAGCUCCAUGGAAGCGAGUAUUUAGAAAUACUUAUGCACGUUUCCAUUCGAUGGUUGAGCCUGGAGAGGUGUUUGACUCGUACCCUGCAGCAGUAUGAACCACUGGCCAGCUACUUCAAGUCAUCAGAUGAGAAACAACCAAGGUUCAGGAGGCUGUUGGAAGCAUUCUCUAACCCAAUGACAGAGGUGUACCUGCUGUUCUAUCAAGCAACGUUGCCAGUCUUCUCCACCUUCAACCUCCUCCUCCAGAGAGAGAAGUCCUCCAUCUUCCUUCUACAUGAUGAGAUACGGAGUUUCAUCCGCAAGUUGCUUUCAAAGUUUCUGAAGCCCGCAGCACUGCAGCACCAGGAACUGCAUGAAAUCCUCUAUAAGGACCCAUCAAACCAACUGCCAGGAGAAAAGCUGGUGAUCGGCUUCACUACUCGAGGUACACUCAACAGCAGUAGCAAAACGCCACUGCUCAACAGGCUCCUUGAUGCAGGAGACAUUACACCGCAGCAAGUGCAGAGGUUCCAGCAGGCAGCAGUGGCGUUUCUGGUGAGGGCUGUGGAGUAUGCCAUGAAGAAACUCCCCAUGAGAGAGCCCCUGAUAAAACAUGCCAUGUUUCUGGAUGUCCAGCAGAGGGUAGAGUGUGGAGUGGAAGACGCCUUGUACUUUGUCGACAGGUUUCCUAAACUUCUCCCAUACAAUGGACCUGACGAGCGUGACAAACUGAGUGAGGAGUUUCUGGACUACCAGUCCAUGGACAUUGCCAUGCCCGAAGACCCAGCCACGUUCGACAUAGAGAACUUUUGGGGGAACAUGGCAUCAAUGAAGAAUAAGGUGACCGGGAUGAGUUGGUGUUGGUACUUCCGCAUUCAAAUGCUGAUGCUGAACGAGUGUUCUCUGUGGUGGGACUGA